UUUUUCAGUCAAAAAAAAAUCUUUAUGAACAGUACUCAAUAAUACACUUGGCUUCCAGUCUCUGCACUGAAAUGUCACCUUUCCAGUGCCAUAAGUUUCAAUGUUUAGGUUUUAGUUAAAUAUCUCCUCAUCCAAUCCUUAAUUAUGCCGACGUUCUCACACUUGUCUCCAACCUCCUGCUGCCACGAUCCGCUAAAUCCUCAACUCCAUUACUUGCUUAACACCUAUUAUGUCUUCCUACUUUUACUUUCCCUAUAUAAAUCCCCGCAAUUCCAUCACACAAACAAUACUCUGCAAUAGCCAAUAAGCAAUAGUUUUUUUUAUUUUCCCCUUGAGUGUUUUUGAAUUUUGAUCAGAGAGAAAAAAAGAGAUGGCACAAUACGGUAGCCAAGACAGAAUGCGCAAGACUGAUGAAUAUGGAAAUCCUGUCCAAGAAAGUGGAGCCCAUGGAACACACCAAGGUGCCGGUAUUGGAGGCAUGCAGCAGGGUACUGGUGGUAUGGGGGGCAUGCAGGCCGGUACUGGUGGUAUGGGUGGAGAAUAUGGAACUCAAGGCACCGGUACCGGUAUGGGUACUGGUGGAACCCAUGGAACUCAAGGAAGAGGUGCGGGUAUGGGUAUAGGUACUGGUACCCAUCACCAGGAGGGACAAACCGGUAUGGGUAUGGGUACUGGUGGAACCCAUGGAACUCAAGGAAUAGGUGCGCGUACCGGUAUGGGUACUGGUACCCAUCACCAGGAGGGACAACAGCAGCUUCGUCGAUCCGACAGCUCUAGCUCUUCGGAGGAUGAUGGGCAAGGUGGGAGGAGAAAGAAGGGUAUGAAGGAGAAGAUAAUGAAGAAGAUGCCAGGAGGACAUGGCCAGCAGGAAGGUGAAUAUGGCGGUCAACAUGGACAAACAGCAGGUUAUGGUACUACUGAAGGAACUGGAGAGAAGAAGGGAAUGAUGGGCAAAAUCAAGGACAAGAUCCCUGGGAUGCAUUGAACACCUUUAUUUUCAUAAUUUCCAGCUUAAUAAAUAAGUGUUAUGGGCGUUAUCAUUAUGUUGUGUGUUUACUGUUAUGAGUCGUGUGUGUAUGUUGGCGUCCAUGCCCUGUCCUUUCUGUAUAUUUUAAGAAGAAAAGUAAGUUUACUGUGGUGUAUUAAGGAUUGCUUCCAUGCCUGGAAUGCAAUGACGUUCAUAUGCAUCAUGUUUGUGUUGUGGUGUUCCACGUUUAAUGACGUUUCGGAAAUAAUAUAUGCGUUUAAGUCGUUAUGUUCUGUAUUUCUUUUUGAGUUUAUGUUUUGAGCUUUAAUGGAGUAAAAUAUAUUAUUACUA